AUUGCUAAGGCACUAUUCAUAUUUGCAUCAGCCGUGAACAUAGAUUAGCAGUAUCAUCAAACAACUACUACUGUAACAGUACCGAAGUAACUAAGUCAAGAAAAAUUGCUUUCUCUUUCAACCAUUUCGGACUUGGAUUAUCUAUCUAGGCUCCCCUCUUGUCCUUAAUAUUUUUUUCCUCUGUCAAUUCCAUCAGGUGAAGCGAAAAAGUGUAAGUGGCGGUGGACGAAAAAAAAAAAGAUUAAAUUUGUUGAAUUGCUUUUAAAUACUCCUCUUAUUUUCCUUCCAAUUGACAUUGACAUUCUUCUUUUCACCAGGAUUACCAUGUCAAGCACAGCUAAAGAACAACAAGAAGAUGAUUCACAAUCAGGAUACGUUGAUAUCUAUUUACGUUUCAACGAUGAUAUGGAAAAGGAUUACUGUUUCCAAGUAAAGACCACAACCACAUUCAAAGAUCUUUACAAGAUUUUUGAUACCUUACCUAUCGCCCUUCGCCCUAGUGUAUUCUAUCAUGCACGUCCUAUAGGAUUCAAGAAGUCUAUAAGUCCAGGUUACGUUACUGAAGAUGGUAAUUUCCUUUUCGAUUAUGAAUCCCAAAAACAAACUGAACGUAUAACUGAUUUAAAUGCAAGCAUUAAUGAACACGUUUGGCCAGGUCAAUUAAUCAUUCCAGAAUGGGAAUUCAACGACUUUGGAUUCUAUGCAUUUUUAAGUUUCUUAUUAAGUUGGUUAUAUACCGAUUUACCUGACUUUAUCAGUCCUACUCCAGGUAUAUGUUUAACUAACCAAGUUACAAGAUUAUUUGCUGUUUUAGCAGUAUAUUUCAAACAAGACAAAAUUGCCGCUUUAUUACUUGAAGAUUCAGCCGAGGUUGGUAUUACCGGCCAAAUUAUUUUCUUUGUUUUCCAUAUUAUGAAAAUUCUUAUGAUUUUCGGAUUGUUAUACACCGGUGCUUUCAACCCUAUCAAAGUCUUUAAGCUUCCAGGAACUAGUAUCCCAUCUCCAAAAGACCUUACUAAGGAGCAAUUACUUGAAUUAGGAUGGACUGGUACCAGAAAAGCCACCAUUGACGAAUACAAGGAUUAUUACCGUGAUUACAAGAUUGCCGAGCACGGAGGUAUGAUUCAAGCUCAUAGAGCCGGAUUAUUCGACACCAUGAAGCACUUGGGUUGUGAAUUGGAAGAAGGUGAAGGUUAUAACACCCCAUUAACUAGGGAAAACAUGACCCGUACCUUGGAACAACUUUUACAAGAAGCAAAACAACCAAAUUUCAAGUUGAGAUUGACCUAUGAUUAUUUUGCAGAAUUGGGAAUUGUUUUUGCUCAAAACGUUGAAAGUAAAUCAAGUAGUGAAUUGCCUGAAUUUAUUAAACAAUAUAGAAGAUAUGGUUUGUUACUUUCCAAUGAAAACUUACAAACUAUUGUCAAGGCAAGAAAGGGAAUUGUGGAAAAAAUUGAAGUUGUGGAAGAAAAAGUUGAUAGCCCAGAAGAUAAACCAGAAGAUAAUGACAAUUAAGCUGGCAUAAACCGCUGAUAGAGGGGUAUUUGAGGAGGAGACCGUUUUUUUUAUAUAUAUAAUCCAGAAUGAAGUAAGUCACGUGUAUAUUCAGUUUAUUUUAAUUCAUGAAAAAUUAAUUUUAG